CGACUCGCCUCUUCGCCUUCGACGGACCUGACCCGAGCCGACAGGACGCUUCCCCACCCCCCCUCUCCUCUCCAGUCGCCGAUCCCAUCCUUUCGCCGGCGCCCGACGCCCCAUGGCGCGCGCGAGGGAUCGGGUCGCGCCCCUCUCCUUCCUCCCCGGCCUCCUCUUCCUCGCGUCCCUCGCUGCGGGCGAUGGAUCACCGGAGCCCUUCCUCCAGACCCUCACCGGAGGUGGCGUGCCCUCGGCGAUGGUUCUGCCUCUCGUCCUCUCUUACGCUAAUUCCAGUCGCAGGUCCAACGUGGGCAGGCGUUUCGGCCGCCGGCAGCUCCAGAGGGAGGACCCCUCCACCGCCACCGCUCGCAUGCGGCUCUACGAUGAUCUCCUCACCAACGGAUAUUACACGACGCGCCUCUAUAUCGGAACGCCACCUCAAAAAUUCGCACUGAUCGUUGAUUCGGGGAGCACGGUCACGUACGUUCCUUGCUCCUCUUGUGAGCAAUGUGGCAAUCAUCAGGACCCUAGGUUUCAGCCUGAUAUGUCAAGCACAUACGACCCAUUAAAAUGCAAUGUUGAUUGUACAUGCGACAAGGAGAAUAUGCAGUGUCUUUAUGAGAGGCAGUAUGCCGAAAUGAGCUCCAGCAGCGGGUUGCUUGGGGUGGAUUUUAUAUCAUUUGGCAAAGAAAGUGCACUUAAGCCACAACGUGCUACUUUUGGCUGUGAAACUUCUGAAUCAGGUGAUUUGUUCAGUCAACAUGCUGAUGGCAUAAUGGGACUGGGCCGUGGCCAGCUCAGUAUCAUGGAUCAGCUUGUUGACAAAGGUGUUAUAAGUGAUUCAUUUUCUUUGUGCUAUGGUGGUAUGGAUAUUGGUGGGGGUGCAAUGGUUCUUGGUGGAAUCACACCACCUCAUGGCAUGAUUUACGCCCGUUCAAACCCUGGACGCAGCCCAUAUUACAACAUCGACCUGAAGGAAAUUCAUGUAGCUGGCAAGCCGUUGCGAUUAAAUUCAAAGAUAUUCAAUGGCAAUCAUGGAACUGUAUUGGAUAGUGGAACCACAUAUGCUUAUCUACCAGAGGAGGCUUUCAGAGCAUUCAGAGAUGCUAUAAUGAGUAAGCUACAUUCUCUGAAGCAAAUUCGUGGACCAGAUCCAAACUAUAAAGAUAUUUGCUUUUCAGGUGCUGGAAGUGAUGUUUCAGAACUCUCGAAGACCUUUCCUGAGGUUGAAAUGGUAUUUGGAAAUGGACAAAAGCUUUCUCUUUCUCCAGAGAAUUACUUGUUUCAGCACUCAAAGGUUCGUGGUGCUUAUUGCCUCGGUGUCUUUCAAAAUGGAAAAGACCCAACAACACUUUUGGGUGGAAUCGUUGUCCGCAAUACUCUUGUAACCUAUGAUCGUCAGAAUGAAAGGAUUGGAUUCUGGAAAACUAACUGUUCUGUGUUAUCGGAGAGAUUACAUAGUAAUGAAGCUCCUGCACCGGCACCUUCAGUUUUCUCUGGUUCCAAUUUAAGCAUAGAAGAGUCACCAGCUCCUUCUCCUAUUGGACUAGUGGACUCUGUACUGGCAGGUCAAUUCCGAGUGGGGGUCAUAACCUUUGACAUGUUCUUGAAUAUUUCUUAUGUGGACCUUGUGCCCCACAUAAAGGAACUAGCAGAGCUAAUAGCAAACGAGUUGGAGGUUGCUUCAGAUCAGGUUCAUUUUAUGAAUAAUACCAAUAAUGGGAAUGGUACCUUGAUAAGAUGGGCUAUUUUUCCCGAAGGAUCCUCUAGUUCAUUCUCUAAUUCAACAGCAAUGGGAAUAAUAUCUCGGUUGACUGAACACCGUGUUCGCCUUCCUGAAAAUUUUGGAAGCUAUAAAUUGGUUGAAUGGAAUCUUGAGCCUCCUUCGAGAAGAUCAUGGUGGAAGCGACAUUUGGUUGCUGUAGCAAUCAGUGUUUCCAUGCUGCUGCUGCUUAGCUUCUCAACCUUCCUGGUUUGGUACAUGCGGAGACGGAGAAUUAGAGGGCCGGGUGCAUACAGGUCAGUGGAUGAUGCUGUUCCAGAACAAGAACUCCAGCCUAUGUGAGAUCAUGUCUUUUUAAUUCAAGAAGCAGCCAUGUAGAUUCUACACCAGCAAAAGUAUGAUGAGAUCAGAAGUCCACAUAAUUUUGCUCAAGCAUGUUGCUGCCUGAAGUAGUACUCUUAGCUCAGCUGACAGAGGAAUAUGUGGCUGGAACCAGAUGCAGAUGAGGAGCUGCUCCUCCAUUGGCUGAUGAUGCCAGUCUCUUUGUCACUCUUUCUUUUUCUCUUCUCUUUUCUUGGAAAGAAUCGAUACACGAGAAUGAAUGAGACCCAUCUUAGAUCUGAUUGUGUAUCUGCUUGUAUAAUCUAACAUUACCAAUCAAAACAACAGGGCUGUUGGGGACUUGAA